GUACAACCGUCAAGGCGGGUCUGAACGUGCCGACUGUCAUAUAUUUGUGUGUCUGGCAGAGUGUUGAGCCCCGAUCCUUUUCAAAAUGGCUGAUCAACUCACAGAGGAACAGAUCGCUGAAUUCAAAGAGGCGUUCUCGCUAUUCGACAAAGAUGGCGACGGCACCAUCACCACCAAAGAACUUGGGACGGUCAUGCGUUCACUAGGUCAGAACCCAACGGAGGCUGAGCUACAGGACAUGAUCAACGAGGUCGAUGCGGAUGGAAACGGAACAAUAGACUUUCCUGAAUUUCUCACCAUGAUGGCAAGAAAGAUGAAGGACACAGACAGUGAAGAGGAGAUCAGGGAAGCUUUCCGCGUAUUUGACAAGGAUGGCAACGGCUACAUCAGCGCUGCAGAGCUGCGUCACGUGAUGACCAACCUGGGAGAGAAGCUGACGGACGAGGAGGUGGACGAGAUGAUCAGAGAAGCAGACAUUGACGGAGACGGCCAAGUUAACUAUGAAGAGUUUGUACAGAUGAUGACUGCAAAAUGAAGGCCUUGUACAGAACUUCUUGUAAAAAAAUAUUACUUGCCUUUUCUUUGUUUGUAAUAUCUGUAAAAUGUUUUACUUUUGUCUCAUCCCCUGGCCCAUAUCUUAGCUGUCCAAAGGCUCUGCAUGUUUACUGCUCUAGGGUUUGAGCCCUCCUCUCCCCUCCUCCAUCCACCCACCCAGCCUUCUCAUCAGAGAUCAGAGACUCACUAAUGUGCUCUUUGCUGCGUCUGGAUCCACUGGCACUCACCGACCUUUGGGGCCAGUGGGCUGCCCACCCCACCUACUUGUGUGUGUGGGUAAUGGUAGUCAGAGGGUUGCGUCUGAUGGGAAAGUUUGGUGUCUUGUGACUGUUGGCAUGUUUUUUUUUGUUUUUCCUUUUCUUUCUCCCUGUCUGGAGGAGCCUGUGCAUGGGCAAUGGACUACGCAUAUGACAUGGAAACAUGUCCUCGGCAUUGCACAGCUGUGAUCAUUCAUGAGUAAAAUAUUACUGUUUUUUAAAAAAUCCUUAUGGCCAAGUUACCCGCACACUACACUCUUUGUACUUGUUGGUUUCUCCAGGAUCUUACAAUGCGUUUUAACUAGUCACCUUUUUCUUUUCUUUUUUAUCAGCUUGUGGCUCUGCCAUGCCUCAAAGAAUCCAUUCCAAGUUGUAUAUUUGUUUUACAAUAAAAUUGACAAUUAACCCAA